CUCUGUCUGUCCAUUCCCUUGUCCUCCUGGUCCUGCCGGUCAGUCAAUGAAGCUUCACUGAGAGAGAAAGUCAUCAGCUCACAGCAGACAGGGAAAAAUCCCUUGAGCACAGAGGAGAGACGGGGGGAAAAAGGAGCGGUAAAUGUCAUCACCUCUGUGGGACCUGAUUGAAGUGACAGCAGUUGACAGAGAUCUCUUUCACCUGCAGCUCAAGUGCUACUAAUCUGUUCAUCUUUGGAAACAACCAGCUUUAAUUCAACCAAACUAACGGCUUCAAUCAGCUCAAGUUUCCUGAGCAGUCCAGCAUCUUUCCCUUCUUUCCUUCUUUUUCCUAAACAACCUGAGGAGGAAUUUUUCCUGCUCUGACCCCAGCGAUGUUUCCCUUCAUCCCCUCCCUCCUCCUCAUCCUCCUCCUGGCUGCACCCGCCCUCCUAACCACAUCAACCUCCCAUGAGUUACAGGUCAGAGGUCAAAGGACGCUGAGGGAUGCCAAGCAGGACUCCAUCAAGGUGGUGAUCUCAGAGGGCUGUGCCAAUCAGGGGGAUUCAUCUGAUGUCAGCCAGGGAGGUAAAGAAAUCGACCUGACUCCUGGUUCUCCUCUAGUCCUGACUCAUAAGAUCAAACUGGUUCCAUCAGGUUCAGGUUUAGGAGCUGGGUCUUGUGGUUGCGAGGCGGACUUUGCUGCCCUGCGGGAGCGACUAGAAAGGCUAGAGAGGGAGGUGUCGUCCCUUAGGGAGAAAUGUGGAGGAGCUGAAGGAGGCUGCUGCACCUCGAAGGAGAGCAAAGGUGCAGGUUGCUCCAUCAAACCAGGUUUGGACGGGUGUCCCAACGAGUGCAGCGAUCAGGGUCGUUGCGUCGACGGAAAGUGUGUCUGCUUCACUGGUUUUAGUGGACCGGACUGCAGCAUGUCCAACUGUCCUGGAAACUGCAACGACAAUGGACGGUGUGUGAAUGGACAGUGUGUGUGUGACCCUGGUUUCACCGGUCCAGACUGCUCACAGAGAGGCUGCCCCAACAACUGCAACAACCAUGGCAGGUGUGUGAAUGGAGAGUGUGUGUGCAAUCCUGGGUUCACCGGUCCUGACUGCUUGCAAAGAGGCUGCCCUGACAACUGCAACAACCGCGGCAGGUGUGUGAAUGGCAGGUGUGUGUGUGACACAGGCUUCGCUGGUCCCAGCUGCUCAGACCAGUCCUGUCCUGGGAACUGCAACAACAGGGGGCGCUGUGUAAAUGGACAAUGUGUGUGCAAUCCUGGGUUCACCGGCCCCGACUGCUCGAAGAAGGCAUGUCCAAACAACUGCAGUGACCGUGGACGCUGUAUGAACGGUAAAUGUGUGUGUGACAGCGGGUUCACUGGUGCUGACUGCUCUGCAGAUUCGUGCCCAGGAAACUGCAACAAAAGGGGGCGCUGCAUCAACGGACAGUGUGUGUGUAAUCCUGGAUUCACCGGACCUGACUGCUCAAAGAGGGCAUGUCCUGAUGACUGCAAUGACCGUGGCAGGUGUGUGAACGGUAAAUGUGUGUGUGACAGCGGCUUCACCGGUGCAGACUGCUCUGAGACCACCUGUCCUGGAAACUGCAACAACAGGGGGCGCUGCAUAAACGGAGAGUGCGUUUGUGAUGAUGAAUUCAGUGGACCCGACUGCUCUGAAAGAACAUGCCCUAAUGACUGCAGCGACCAAGGCAGGUGUGUGAACGGUAAAUGUGUGUGUGACAGCGGCUUCACCGGUGAUGAUUGCUCUGAGAAAUCCUGCCCGGGAAACUGCAACAACAGGGGGCGCUGCGUUAAUGGACAGUGUGUUUGCAAGGAUGGAUUCACCGGAGCAGACUGCUCUGGAAAAGCUUGUCCCAACAACUGCAGUAACCGUGGGAGAUGUGUGAAUGGGAAGUGUGUUUGUGAUGUGGGCUUUGCUGGGCCGGACUGUGCCGCCAAAGGUUGCCCCAACAACUGCAACAACAAAGGGAGGUGUGUCAAAGGAAGAUGUGUCUGCCGGCGAGGGUUCACUGGACCGGACUGCAGCCAGUGUGAGAGCGGCAUGACUGGACCAAACUGUGACACCGUCAUGUCUGGGGUUUCUCAACUGAGCACCAGAGACAUCACAGAGACGUCCGUCACUCUGUUCUGGACUGCACCUCGUGUCCAGUAUGACACCUACUACAUCACUUUCAGCAGCCAGAAGGAGAGUGACCAGCAGAUCAAUGUGCAGGUGGAGGGCAGCCUGACCACCUUCACCCAGACGGGCCUAGCAGCUGGUCAGGAUUACACCGCCAGCAUCACCGGAGAGAUCGACGGCAGGAGAGGAGCCGAGAGCUCCACUGAAUUCAUGACCCUCAUCUCCGGUCCCACUAACCUCCGAGCCGUCAAGACGACCUCCACAUCUGCAGUGGUCCAGUGGGAGCAGUCACAGGGUGAGAUUCACAAGUACCGUUUGACCGUAACGCCCAAUGACAGAGCAGGAAAGAGUCAAGAAAUGAUCAUCCCAGCUGGCCAAGACUCCGCCCACAUCCAGCAGCUGGAAGCGGGGCGUUUGUAUGACAUCAUACUGGUAGCGGAGAAGGGCACGAGUCAGAGUAAACCAGCAACCACCCAGGUUACUCCAGGCCCGGAGCCUCCGACGGACAUUGUCUUCAGCGAAGUGACAGAUAACUCUCUGACGGUGUCGUGGACCAAACCUAAGACUCCCAUCAGUGGUUUCAAGGUCACCUACACACACACAGAUGAGGGUGAGCCAGUGUCGGUGUCUGUGGAUUCAGACGACUCCACCGUCGGCCUUUCACAGCUCUCACCUGGUUCUUCCUAUGAGGUCAGUGUCAUCUCCAUCCUCGGGCUGGACGAGAGCGAUCCAAUCAAAGACUUUGUCAUGACACUCCCUGACCCUCCCACAGACCUCCGAGCUGUCAACAUCACAGAUACCAAAGCCUUGUUGUUGUGGCGUCCAGCAUUGGCCACUGUUGAUAAAUACGCCAUCGUUUAUGGCUCUGGGACAGAUUCAGAGUUGAGGAUCACAGUUUCUGGAAACGCAGCAGAGCAGCAGCUGAGCGGACUGGAAGGAUCCACCACCUACACCGUCACCGUUACCAGCCAGCUGGGCAGUAAGGAGAGCUCAGUGGCAUCCACAAGCUUCACCACCACUGAGGGCUCUGGAAGGGACGGGGACGGUCCUCGUGAUCUCCAAGCUAACAAUGUGACUCCUCGGACUGCCUUGUUGUCAUGGAAACCUCCCUUAAAUCCAGCGGGCGGCUACAGACUUACCUAUCAGACCGACGGUCAAGAACUGAAGGAAGUUAUUGUGGACGCCUCACUAACAGAGUACAACCUGACGAAACUUCAUCCCGGCUCGAAGUACACAGUGCAGCUGCAGGCAGAGGGAGGAGGCCGAUACACUUCCGCCAUCUCCACUGACUUCACCACCAGCACCCUGAGGUUCCCCUUCCCCGCAGACUGCUCUCAGGAGCUGCUGAAUGGCAUCCGGACAUCGGGCGAAGUGGAAAUCUUCCCACAAGGGAAACUUGGGACACCGAUGAUGGUUUUCUGCGACAUGGAGACAGACGGAGGAGGCUGGACGGUCUUCCAGAGAAGGAAGGACGGCUCUGAGAAUUUCUUCAGAGGGUGGAAGGACUACACUAAAGGAUUUGGGAGUCUGAGCGGAGAGUUUUGGCUCGGCCUCGAGGCCCUCCACAACCUGACAGCGAUGACCAGGAUGACUCUGCGUGUUGACCUGCGAGACAAAAAUGAUGCAGUGUAUGCCAAAUACUCGACAUUUGAGGUGGCAAAGAGGAACUACAAACUGACUGUGGGUGGAUACAGCGGCACUGCAGGUGACUCUCUCAGUUAUCACAACCAGCGGAUUUUCUCCACCAAAGACCGGGACCUGGCGCCCUUCAUCACACGCUGUGCCAUGUCGUACCGAGGAGGCUGGUGGUACAAGAACUGCCAUGAAGCGAACCUCAACGGCCUCUACGGCAUCAGCGUCAAACACCAGGGUGUAAUCUGGACCACCUGGAGAGGAAAAGAUUUUUCCAUCCCAUUCACUGAGAUGAAGAUGAGACCAGCAGCCUUCAGAGGAUGAGGAUGAAACAGAGGAUAAUGAACUGCUAAACACACAAUGCAGGAUGGACAGCAAUGUGUACAUACAUGUGCAGACACACAAACACACACACUUGAACACACACAUGCAUUCAAACACACAAUAAUUUUGAACAGGGAGCCUUGCUCUCACUUCUGAGGAGAUGAAGACGUAUUUUUUCAUGUGUAUAGAGGUCAGUUAUCAGUAUGUUACUGUAGAUUGUACAGUUUUUAAGCAUCUUUUUAAAGCAGGGCUGCUCCUAGCUCCUCUAUAUUUAAAGGGUCAGUUCACCCACAUUACAAAACCACCUCCCCAUCAACCCAUGCAAUAUUCUGAGACACCUGAAACUUCACAUAUAAUGCAGAAUCACUUUACAGGUGUACAUGUAGCUGAUGUUUGCAGCACUUUAACCUUUUUUGUCAAGUUUAAUGGACGAAAACAGCAACUUUUUCAUUGUUUUUGAUGUAAAUAAGCCGGUCACCAAAGAGUUAAACAUGCAGUAAAAUAUAGAAUCAUUAUUGUAUCAUUUGGUGCUGGUCAAGCAGAAACCUUGUCUCCAGAAUGUUUACUAUCCAGGAAAUAAAUGAUUGUUUUGAGCUUGAUGUAUGGUUGACUUCAUCCUGUGGGACUUAAAAAGGGGAGGAUUUACAGGUUUGUUUGUUUUUUCAACGUGACAAGUUCUCCAAGAAUGUAUUUCUGAUUGAGUUCAUCUGAAAUAAAACCAAACAAAGGA